AUGGAUGGCAGUGAUAAACUGCCUCUUUUUGUAAUUGGCAAGUCUGCUAAACCAAGGUGCUUUCGGGGGGUGAAGUCGUUACCAACCGAGUAUGAAAGUAAUAAAAAAGCGUGGAUGACAGGAGAAAUGUUUUCCCGAUGGUUAGUUAGGCUGGAUAAAAAGAUGCAGCGUAAUGGUAGAAAAAUAGCCAUGAUUGUGGAUAAUUGUCCCGCCCACCCUACACUGAAAGGUCUGAAAGUUAUUGAGCUGAUCUUUUUGCCACCUAACACAACCAGUCAAACACAGCCCAUGGACCAAGACGUGAUAAACAAUCUGAAAAGCCACUACAAACGACUUGUGAUCAUGAAGCAGCUCCACACAGCAGACAAAAACACAGACGUGCUAAUUACGGUACUGGACGCAAUGUAUUUGAUGCAGCAGUCCUGGCGUAAGGUAACCCGAAAAACAAUAGCCAAUUGUUUCCGCCACGCCAAGUUUGUUCCCAGCUCUAAUGGCGACUCGACUGAGAAUGAAGAUGACGACGACGAGCCAGACGACGACCUGCCUCUAGCACGCCUGGCAGAACUCGGUAUUAGAGACAUCCAGCGAUUCAUCCAUGCAGAUCUUGAUAUUCCGACAUGUACAUUAAUGACAGAUGACGACAUUCUCGAGGAUGUGCUUCUUGAAAGAAACCCAGAUGCAGAGAAUGACGACGAGAUGAACGAUAAGAUGGUAGGCGGCAGUGAACAGAAUAUCAAAGAACCGAGUGUGACUGAAGCUUUUGAAGCGUGCAAUACACUACGUGUAUAUUUCCAAACAAAAGCGCACAGUGAAUUUGUGUUGGAUCAAAUAGGUUUUGUGCACAACGAACUUGUGAAAGAUUACUUUAAAAACCGUUGUGCCAAACAAGCUGUGAUCACUGACUUUUUCAAAAAAUAA